AUGCAAGCCUACCUGCUCUUCGAAUACUAUGCAUUCUACAGCUGCGACGAUGGCCGGUUCUCAACGGCUCUCAAGAUCCACAGGAAGCUUAUUGAUGCUGUCCGACAGUACCAGAUGCUUCAAGAUAGAAUAGCUCUGGGCGUAGACGAAAUCUCCAGCCCGAACGAACCUUCGGUAGCUUCUUCAAUGACCGUGACCGAGCACGCCUGGCGAGUUGCCAUGUACAACGAGUCAAGAAAGCGGUAUGGCCACCUACCAGCGCGGGUAGUUUACUGUCUAUACUACCUUGAUGCUCAACUCUCAGUCUGUUGUAACAUACGUCCGCUGCUCGCAGCUCUCGAAUUGAAAUACGAACUUCCGUGUCAAGACGACACAUGGCAAGCUGCCACAGCCGAAACCUGGCAAGCCCUCAUAGUCUCUCAAGAAGGGUCAUUCAGCGAAGAAGACGACUAUGAAGCCAAUGGCGACCCACGCCCGGCGCACGGCGAUCUGUAUGCAAGUCUCAUGUACUUGAUGAAUCCCAACCCGCAAGACCGGCCUCUGCGAUUACUCUGGCACUCAUCUUUCGCAUGUCUCAUGCUCAUAACGCAAAUUUUGAUGAUGAUUCGUGACCUCACCUUGGCAAGCUCGUUCUUAUACAACAAUGUGCGGUGUGGUGAGUCCAAGAACAACUUGUCAAUCAUCUCAGAAGCUAGUCGGACCUCGAUCAUGCAAGCUCUGAACGCCUUGUCGGAUAUCAUGCGCAAGCCAUCAUUUCCUAGAACAUGCCCCCUCAGCAGCUUUUUAGAUGAUUCCGAGUCUGUGGAGUCUAGCCUAUGGAGCAACGUCUGGAUCGUGUGGCAUUAUGCUGCAAUGAAUCUAACCCACCAAGAGGCAUUACUCACGAGCGGCAUCGUCGAGUAUAGUCUUCCAUCUGCUGUUUCAACUUGCUGGGAACUUGGUAAACCUCGAGUGAAACAGCAUCGAGAUGUGUACGAAGAUAGAGAUGUCAUCCGUGUUGCUAGUAGCCUGGAGAGCAUUCUUGUGCUUCUUUCUCGCGACACUAGACCCAUCGAUAUCAACUUUCAGUUACAACCUGAAUUCACCCCCAAAAUAAUCGAAGAUCCUUUCAUCACAAUGAUCGGAUACAAGGCAUGUCUGCUGGGCUGGCGCAUAGUACGUCUAAUGGCUGUUAGCCUACAGACCAGCACGGCCUCGUCCAACAUCCAAACACAAAGCAUCUACUCCAUGUCUGCUCGAGUUGUUCUUACUGGCAUACUAGCUGCCAUAAGCCCAGAGUCUGCAAAUCAGAGAGGUCAGUGGAACCCAACAGCGGCGGUAGAUGAUGCCGAGUCUAGAUACUUAGCAUGGAUGGAGGCAACCUUUGUGGCAAGGGAUGUGUGGCCACCAAGCAAAUGGAUCGUCGCUGUAUUUAAUGAAAGCAGACAUGAGCCUGAGUAA